AGUUGCCCAUUUGUUCUGGCCGACGUGAAAAUGUCUUUAGCAUCCUCUUGACAGUGACUACGCCUUUCUUGUUUUUGUCGUUUUUACAGGCAGCAUAAUCGUAAAAUGCACGAAAGUUAUUGCGUUUUUCGUGAGGACCAUCACGCCGCCUCCUCUCCGGUUUCAGUCGAGCGUCUCAUCGGCUCCUAAGAGGUUUACUUUACUAUUACUAGCAAAUGUCUGGAGCGCACUGCGUGCACAAGGAGCGCACCGUCUCGCGCUAAUUCCUUAAAAGACCAUAGUUCUCUAUUGUACAAUAAAGGGCUCUGUAAGGAGUUUUCUGACAUUGACGCUGAGUUGCCUCGAUCACCACCUUCAGUCAAGGAGUGCUGCAUACACUAAUUCCUACAGUGGCCAUACCUAAGAAGCCUUUUUUCUAUUGGUUAGGAGCAGACUAAUCACUUCAUGAAGAAGAUUGCUUCUGAAGGCCAUGGUGUUCUCAAGAAAAUCCCUGACAAUCUGAUGCCAAAAAAAAUUAAUUGCUGGUAACAUAUUUUAAAGGAAACGAACACAUAGUCUAUCAGUGUUAUUCUCCUUUCAUUCCCCUGUCUUUGUUUUUAUGAGGGAGGAGCUUAAAGCCAGACCGAUGAUUGGCUUAACCCUACGUUCCUCUUAAGCCCCUCCCUAAAGCAAAGAACCCCUUUAGACGCCAUUAGCUUCAUCACUGAAUUCUGGGUAACAAAAUGCCAGCCAAGAUGCCCAUGUACCUGAAGACUUCCACUCCAAAACGGGGCAAGAAGCUGAAGUUGCGAGAUGUCCUUUCCAGUGACAUGAUUAGCCCCCCGCUGGGUGAUUUACGACACAGUGCCCAUGUAGGUCGUGAAGGUGAGGGAGAUAUGUUUGGGGAUGUGGGGUUCUUGCAAGGCAAGCUAGACAUACUGCCAUUGCAGAACCGGUCCGAGGGCGACUGCCAGGUGGAAGAGACCUUCCAUGUAGAAGCAAAGGGUCUGCAGUACCCUCACUGCCAUUCUCACCCCAACAUGCCCAUUCUGAAGAGCACCUUUUCCAUGCCAGUUUUUAUGGCCCCUGAACAAGCCCCGCCAAAACCGCCCCGCCUACACUUAGAGGAGACUCUACCCCAUACUCUGCAAAAGCAGUUGCAGCAACAACAGCGCUCGAUGUCCGUCAGCGAUGAGCAUGGUCAUCGAGGGGGCUGCUAUGGAGAUUUCUGUCAUGACUUCAGCUACUCUGUCGCCAACCCUGCUUUCCGGCAUCUAGUACCAUCCUCAGAAUCCUUCUCGGAGGCUUCUUCUGAGGAUUCUAUGCCUGAUGGUUGCCUCCCAUCGGAUCCCCAUCGUGGACUCAGCCUAGACUCUGAUGCUGGGCUGAGCAAUGAAGAUCUGCAUAGCGAGUGUAGCGAGUCGCCAGGUUUAGUCGGCUCGGACUCGCUUCUUGGCCUUGAUAUAGACCUAGGACCCUCCAUCCUGGAAGAUGUGCUAAAAAUCAUGGACCGUUACAAGACCGUGGACGAUGCUUAUGAGCUGUGAGAUGGAGUGGAUAGGGCUGCAGUGCGGUUUCCAGAUAUUGCCUAUCGUCUUCAUUAUGUCUGUUCUCUUAUUAAAGAAAAAAGAGUGAUAAAAUAGCUAAACUAAAGCUGUACUGAUUUUAUUAUUGGGGUAGGAAAGUCAACUAGCAAUUUAUAACAUUAAAAAUUAUAAUCAUUUUUGUUGUGAAGAAACAGGAUGGAUAACACUCUUAUUCGUGUUCUGCUAUUUUAAUGAUGACAACUAUGCUACUGUUAAUUCAAGGUCUUUAAAAACAUAAUUAAAAAAAAGUUGCAUAUAUUUUUAUAAAAUCAGUAUAUAGUUCAAAAUACAAUGUAAAAUAUAAAUUAUUUCCAGCAAGUUAAGUACAUGCUACAAAAGCUCCUCAAAACUAAUAACAUUUUGAAUCAAUGUUUAUCGAUGUUUAGCAAUAUAUGUAUUAUGUUUUAUGUUAAAGAUUUACUUCUGAAUACUGGAUUGUUGUGAGGAGUUCAUCACAUCAUCAAUGUCCAGGAAAGAAGAGGAUGAAGCGAAUUUAGAAGAGCAAAAAUGCUUUUUAUGGAUGUGUUGGGGGCAAAGAAAAGUUAAACAUUCAUUUUGAGAUGAGAGCCUUUGACCAUAGAGUGGCAGCGGGGGAAAUAUAUUUCAUUCAUUUUCCUUAAGUAAGAAUUACUAUAUUUUUGAAAAUGCGUGAAAUUGAAAAGGCUGGAAAUGCAGAUGCUUUAUGCACUUGUUGCUGUAGACUAUUUUUGCUGAAAUUCACAUUUGGUUAUAAAAUUGGAGUUGUUGGCUUUAUUAUUAUGAAUCUUACCCUACUCUAUUCUCAUUUUGUAUUUUAAAUAAAGAUAGAAAUCAAAACA